AUGAUAGAAUUUUCACACCUUAUGGCUUCCCUCAACCAAGCAGAGGUACCUCGUAUUCCUGAACCAGUCUACACAGACUUAGUCAGUUGGAUCAGUCGAGAAAUUCCAGAUGAAACAUUAUCUGAAUUUGUAGUGUGGUCCUUUGGUUGCAUUUCCGAUUCUGAGCUUCCCUCCACUUGGACGCACCAAGGAUUCUUCUCUCCUCACUAUUCUAAAAAGUCGAUAUUUGCUGUGUUAGCAUUGAUAAUGCGUAGCAAACCUGAUGUUCUGAGAAGUGAAUUACCGUCUCAGGGGAACAAGGCUUUUUCACUUACAGUUUGGAUGAUAAAACAGGCCUGCCAAAGUGAUUUGCAUGUAGGUUUGUAUUCAUGGGUGCGCUACUUGUUACCACUACUCAUUACCGACCUCCACUGCAACUGUCUCAUCCUCAAAUUGGUCGACAUAAUUUUGGAGAAACCAGGGGCUCUGACCAAACUUGAAAAUCAUCCUGUUUGGGGGAAACAGUUGCUGAUACCACCUUCUUCAUUUGACAACUUGCUGCGGCUUAAAUUCUCUCCUACCUCCCCAACAGUAAUGGAUAAAACAAGGUUUGUGAAAAUUUAUGGCUCUUUGAAGAGAGUGGCUCUUGCGGGUGCACUAAAAAGGAAGGCAAUCAUUCAGCAGAUAUUCACUGUUUCUUUGAGAUUAGCUGGAGAAGAAGGAAAUCCUGUUUUAGCCAAGGAGGCUGCAGAAAUGGCUUUCUGGUCUCUGACCGAAGACUACUAUGUUUGCUGGAGGCUCUGGUACAACAUAUCCAAAGAGAAUCGAGCAGCUAGUGUUGUUCUUCUGAAGACGCUUCUAGAGAAAUGGAAUAAGCAUUCCCUCAAAUUACCAUCAUCAUCACCUCCACCCGACGCAAUGAGUGAAUUCAUUCAAUGUGUAUUCACUCUAUCUUUGGUAGUAGCUGACGACGAAGGAAAUACUGAUUUAGCCAGAGAAGCUACAGAGAUCGCUAUCUGGUCGCUGGCCAAAAACUUUUUCUGCUGGGCGCUCUGGGGCUGUCUCUGUAGAGAUUAUCUACACGCUAGUCUUGGUCUUGUUGAAAAUCUUGUAAAUGUCUUUAAGGUUCAUUCCCCCAAGCUAUCAUCAUCAAGGGAGGAGGGGAUGACAGAAUUUAUUGCGAAUAUAUUCCGUGUUUCUUUGAGACUAGCUGGAGAAGGAAAUCCUAUUGUAGCCAGGAAAGCUGUAGAGCGAAUUUAA